CCGGCGCAAUGCAGCUAAUCGUUUGCACCAGACAGACAGAGGGCUACUGUGUGCGGCUCCGCGGCGGCUUGGUGCGCCGGGCGGUCAAACUGCCCCCGCGGCCCGAGGCGCUGCAAACGAGACCGGAGGCUUCCCCGACGCUGCUUUAGUCCCGCAGCCUGACCAUGAACCCCGGGGCUCUUCUCUGGCUCCUGCUCCUGGCUGCCCCUCGUCCCCGUCCCGGGACCGUGCGGGCCAAGGUGGUGAGAGAUUUCCAGGAGUGCAACUGGUUCUUCCGGGAUAAGGUGCCGCCGCAGGGGUUUGGAAAUGACAGCGCGAGCAACCUGCUGCGGAUCUGCCAGAAAUACAAGGACAAUUAUCACUUUGCCACCCUCUACCAGACAGACCACCGGAUCCCGGUGUACUCCGCCUACCGCUACCCCUGCUCCAUGGGCCAGGACGAGGCUUACAGACCCGCUGCCUGGUUCGUGGAACCGCAGAUCGAUAAUCCAAACCUCCCAGACGAAAUGGCGAACAAUAUUAAAUCUCUUGGCAAGCUACAGGCACUGAACUCAGAUUAUAAGGGCGAAGAUUACGAACGAGGACAUGUUUACCCAUUUAAUCUUAAUAACAAGACAAGCGGUACAAGCACGUGCACACUUACCAACGCCGUCCCCAUGACCCCAAAGGCUAACAAGAUUUGGUACCACAAGGUGGAGGCUGUGGUGACAAAGCUGGCGGGAGCAUGUCAUAAAUCGGGUCGGGUAAUGUACCUGGUAACGGGUCCUGCCAACAUCACGGAACAGAAACUGAAGGAAAGGGUCUCGGUGCCUAGGUUUGCAUGGACGGCUCUCUGCUGUGCCCCGCCACAGGAUCAGAGCGAUGAUCCCUGUCAGAAUACCCCCACAAGUGCAGAACUAGAAGGAGAGGAUGAAGUGACGUACAACAGAGACUACUCGUAUGCGUUCAUGAAAGAUUUGGAGUCGGAGGCAGAGGUGGAACAUCUAAUGGUGAAUGAGCUACAACGCCGGCUGGGCGUGGGCAAUAUCUUUAACGGCUGUGGCUCAGGCAGCCAGGAUGAAGGAGAGACUUUUGAAGAGGUCAAAAAUCUUAUCAAACAAAUAGAAACCAGUGUGGCUAAUUCAAAGUUGGAAGAAGACAGUUUACCACAGCCACUUUCCAAAGAUGACAAUGGCAACGACUUGGUGAUAGAGCCAAUUGCAACUCCAAUGGAACUAGCCAGUGAAGAGGUGAAUGAGGCCAUCUGUCCAUCUAUCAUCACCACAGUCUUUAUUCCCUUUGAAAACAUUGCCCAUGCAGUCAUGACCUUUGCUCAACUCUUCGCGGCUGUCCUCCGAGUUAUCCGAGUCUUGGCUUUCACAGUUUUAAGGAUCCCUUUUGGGAUUAUGUACAGUACUGUCAGCUGUCUUACCACCAUGGCUAAGUAUUUGAUUGUCACGGUGUUAUCAGUUCCCCAAGAUCUCUUGUGUAUCGUGGUCAGCAUUGUAUCAGACACCACCAAAAUCAUCUCCUGGUUUGGCAGAUUGAUCAGGUAUCUCAUCCGAAUUUUAUAAGUCUUCACACAAAGGCUCUCUCUGGUGCUUUGUGAAGGGCUUGCCUUUCGUAUGGAGAGACUAUUUAUCCACCAGUCACAGCUUCCAGGGAUCGCCGAUGACCGCCACUAACACGCUCUGAGGAUUCUUCCCUUGCCCCACUAAAAGAGAUGCUAUCCUUAGUCUUCAUAUUCUUCAGGAAGCCCUGCUUUGACCAAACCUAGACAGCUCUAUAGUGGUUGAUAUAUAUCCCUCACUAAUAUGGUUUAUCUAAUCAUUAUUGGAGUGCUGUUAUUGGGAGCUUGCUGUCUGCAAAUUGCCUGCCUCGUUACCUAUAUCUCAAAGGGGAUGACAGUUUGCAUUUCUGUCAUGAAACAUUAAACUAUGUUUUUCUCUCUCCGCAGAUGUUGCCUGGCCUGCUGGGUAUUUCCAGUCAUUUCUAAUCUGGCCUAAUCUGGUCUUUAGGCCAGAUUUUGGGCAUCUGAUGGUAUUUUGCUUUAGUGCUCUUUACAGGUAUUUAAGAUUGUCCGUUAAGGAAAUUGGAAUAUGCUUGCUAAAUCAAUCUUCCAGCAUCUAGGCUUCCAAUUUUUCUCGCAUGAAGUAUCAUUGAUAACCUACUGCAGGGCAGAGUUCCUAAAGGGAUUAUUAUUCACACUGUUUGUGAAGCUCAGUCUCGGUUGUUGACAUAGCCAGUUCGCUUCGUUAUGGAAGCACUGUGAAGAUGGUAGUGGAGGAUUGGAGAAAACGUUGACGACAGAUGUGUUAAUGAAAGUUAAGGCUGUGUCAAAGCCUUACGAUCAACACACUCAUCUUGCAGGAGUAAUGAAUAGAGUCAUAGAACACUACAACACAAAACAGGCCUUUCAGCCUAUCUAGUCUGUACCAAACUACUAUUCUGCCUAAUAUCAUCGACCUGCACCUAGAUCAUAGUCCUCCAAAUCCCUGCCAUCUGUGUCCCUAUCCAAAUCUCUCUUAAAUGUUGAAAUCAAACCUGCAUCCACCACUUCUGGUGGCAGCUCGUUCUACAAUCUCACUCCCCUCUGAGUAAAGAAGUUCCCCUUAAACAUUUCACCUUUCACCCUUAACCCAUGACCUCUGGCUCUAGCCUCACCCAACCUCAGUGGGAAAAGCCUGCUUGUAUUUACCCUGUCUAUACCCCUCAUCAUUUUGUAUUCCUCUAUCAAAUCCAAUCUCCCCUCAUUCUCCUAUGCUCUAGGGAAAUAAAGUCCUAAAUAAUUAACUAUGAACAUAAUUUAGAGAAGAUUUCACCCUUAGAAUGGAAAUAUUAGGGUGGUCAGAAAGGAGGUUUUAGAAAAAGGUUAGAUUAGGUAAUUAGAAUAGGAAUUGGCUUAAUAUUGUCAUAUGUACCAAGAUACAAUAAAAAAAUCUUGUCUUGCAUACUGUUUAUACUGAUCAAAUCAUCAGAUUCAGAGUGAGAUUCAAAUUUAUUUAUCACAUUUACAUAGAAACGUAACAGUUUCAAAGAUGUGCGGGGGAGGGGAGAGAGUCCCACAGGUGACACCGCACAAUCUGACGCCAACGUAGUAUGCCCAUAGUGCUUUGGCAGAACAACGGGUGCCACGGUAGCGGGGCAUUCCCCGAGUUUGGAGUUCACUUCCGGCGCCAAUCUGUAAGGACUCUCAGUAGGUCCUCCCGCGGGACGGACGGGGUUUACCCCGGUGUCCUCCCAAAGUCCAGCGAUAGGCUGGGUAGGUUAAUUGGUCAUUGUAAACAUCAUCCUAACUGGGAAACACUGGCUAAUUCAUUAGGUAUACCUGAACGACUGAGUGCAAAUGCAAAUAUCUAAUCGUGCGGCCGCAACGAUUGAUGGUGUCGACAUAAAACAUGCGGGGGGCUCGGUUGUGGUUCAGAAUGGGGAAGGAAUGGAAACUGAGUGACUUUCACCCUGGAAUGAUUGUCGGUGUGGGAUUUUCACACGCAACCGUCCCCGGAGCUUACAGAGAAAGGUGUGAACGACGGAAGACAGCCAGCGAGCAGCAGUUCUGUGGGUGGGAGCACCUCGUUACUGAGCAAGGGCAGAGGAGAGUGGCCAGACCGGCUCAAGCUGGGAAGGCGACAGUGACUCAGAUAACGACAGAGGUGUGCAGAAGAGCUUCUCUGAAAGCUCAACACGUCAACACUUAAGUGGGUGGGCUGCAGCAGCGGAAGACCCCGAGCAUACCCUCCGUGUCCUCUUUAUUAGGUAUAGGAGGUAAAGUGGGUGUGUAUUCUCGUUUUCUCAAUGUCACUGGGUCAAAAUUCCAACCAUAAUGUAGGGGCACCUUCACCAAAAAAAACCCCACAGCAUUUCAAUGAGUCACCACCAUCAGCCAGCCACCACUGGACUUGCCAGUGACACUCGCCUUUCGAGAAUCACAGCUAGGAAACCUAGGUGUUCAAGGAUGGUUUUAAUGAAGUUCACCGACUGUGGAGAAAUGUCACUCACAAAGCUGUCGGGUUAGAGGUACUGAAGCACACUGCCAGCUACGAGCACAGGCUGGGCUGUCCGAAGCAACAGAAGUGCUCCUGAAAUGGCCAAGAAUUUAUAGAAUGACAAAUGCAGGAAAUAAAUGAGUAGGAGCAGGAUGUUAGGGAAUUGAGUGCCCAUUCGAGAUUGUUAAUCGGCAGUCUUCAGGACACAAGGGUGAAAAGGACCAUGGUUGUUCCAGAUCUGAUACAGCAUAAAGUACACACGACACGCAGAAUAUCUGGGCACCAUGGUUAGCAUAGCAGUUAGCCUGACGCUAUUAUAGCCCAUGGCACUGGAGUCCGGAGUUUAAUCCCAACAUCAUCUGUGGGGAGUUGUAACCCUUCCCCCUGGAAUGCCUGGAUUUUCCCCAGGUACUCUGGUUUCCUCCCACAGUCCAAAAACAUACCAGUUACUAGGUUAAUUGGUCAUUUUAGAUUGUCCUGUGAUUAGGCUGGGGUUAAUUCAGGAGUCGCCGGGAGUGUGGUGCAUUAGGGCAAGGAGGGUCUGUUCUGGGCUGUAUCUCAAUCAAUAAAAUAACAACAAAGAUCACAAUAAAUGCAACAGCAACCCUAUAAAACACAUUAUGGACUGAUUGUAUGUACACCAGGGGCUGUGUGUGUGGUAAUGGUGGUGGGGUGAGUUAAUGGUGUUGAUCAGUCCAACCGCUCGUUUUUGGAUCUUGUGGUCCCGGUGUGGGGGCUACGUAGCCUCUGCCCUGGUGGGAGUGGGGUAAACUGUCCAUGAACAGGGUGGGGGGGGGGGAAUCCUUCGUGAUAUUACUGGCUUUCUUCCAGUAACUCUCUGACAGUACGUCCUUGAUGGCAGGUGGGCUGGUGCUGGUGACUGGGGGGUUUGUGUGAGCACGGACUGAGGCAGACACACCACGAUGGUUCCCAUCUGUCAUUACCUUAUGAAACAGAGAAUACCAAUGAAAUUGAAUGUGCUCAUCACUGCACUGGAAAAUUAUAAAUUUAUAGUUCUGCACCUUCUCCAGACACAGAGUAAUUAAUGUCAAGAAAUCAUUUGGGAAUGCAUAUUCUGUUUCAUUGUAGUGGGAUAAUGCUGGCUGAAGUCACACAAGAAUAUAAAUGGCAUUGAUAUAAGGUGUUUGUAGUCGAUGUUAUUUGUAUGGAUUUUGUGAUGGGUUUGACCUUCAAUAAAUUACUACAUCUUAAAAGGA